UCUGAUUCUUUCUCUCUUUCUCUAUCUCCCACACACGGUUAAAAGCUUUCCCACUAGUCUCAGCACAUGUCUUCUCCGUUCUUACACGAAGGUUCGUAGAGAAAGAGGGAGAGAUCCAAUGCGGUGCUCUCCACCGCACUUACCGUGCACUUCACUGGUCGUAUUGUUCUUGUCGGUGGCAACUGUCUGCUUAGCCGCCGACCCUUACGUUUUCUUCGACUGGACUGUCUCUUACCUCACUGCUUCUCCUCUAGGCACUCGCCAACAGGUUAUUGGGAUCAAUGGGCAGUUCCCUGGUCCCAUUCUCAAUGUAACUACGAACUGGAAUGUGGUUGUCAACGUGAAGAAUAAUCUUGAUGAGCCCUUGCUUCUCACAUGGAAUGGAAUCCAACAUAGGAAAAACUCGUGGCAAGACGGUGUUUUGGGCACGAACUGUCCGAUUCCUUCUGGUUGGAACUGGACAUAUGAGUUUCAAGUCAAAGACCAGAUUGGUAGUUUCUUUUAUUUCCCAUCUACAAACUUCCAGAGAGCAGCUGGUGGUUACGGUGGCAUCAUUAUCAACAAUAGAGACAUCAUUCCAGUUCCUUUUCUUUUGCCUGAUGGAGAUGUUACUCUCUUUAUCAGUGAUUGGUUCACUAAGAGCCAUAAGAAGCUGAGGAAAGAUGUUGAGAGUAAGAUUGACUUUGGAGCUCCUGAUGGCAUUCUCAUCAAUGGCUUUGGACCUUUUCCUUACAGUAGUGAGCUCGCUUCGGGUGGGUUUCCUUAUGGGACAAUAAACGUUGAACCAGGAAGAACAUACCGCUUCCGUGUUCACAACAGUGGCAUAGCAACCACCUUGAACUUCAGAAUACAGAAUCAUAAUCUGCUUCUUGUCGAGACAGAAGGUUCAUACACAGUUCAGCAGAACUACACAAACAUGGACAUUCAUGUGGGUCAAUCUUUUUCGUUUCUAGUCACUAUGGAUCAGUCCGGUAGUAACGACUACUACAUUGUUGCCAGCACAAGGUUUACCAAAUCAUCCUCGUCCCCCAAAGCUACCGGAGUCGCUAUCUUGCACUACUCUAGCUCCCAAGGACCAGCUUCAAGUCCACUCCCUGAUCCUCCUAUUGAGUUGGACACAUCUUUCUCAAUGAACCAAGCACGUUCCAUAAGGUUGAAUGUCUCAGCUGGAGCUGCUCGCCCAAACCCUCAGGGAUCAUUCAAGUAUGGUCAGAUUACAGUAACUGAUGUCUACGUGAUUGUCAACAGACCACCAGAGAAGAUAGAUGGGAGGUUGCGUGCCACUCUUAAUGGUAUAUCGUACUUGCCUCCUUCAACACCGUUAAAGCUUGCUCAGCAGUACAACAUCUCAGGGGUGUAUAAGCUGGAUUUUCCGAAAAGACCGAUGAAUCGGCAUCCUAAGGUUGAUACCUCUGUCAUGAAUGGCACUUACAAGGGGUUCAUGGAGAUUAUAUUUCAGAAUAGUGACACUACUGUUAAGAGCUAUCACUUGGAUGGUUAUGCAUUCUUUGUUGUCGGGAUGGACUUUGGUCUGUGGACAGAGAAUAGUAGAAGUUUAUACAACAAAGGGGAUGGGGUUGCUAGAUCUACUACGCAGGUGUUUCCUGGUGCAUGGACCGCUAUCUUAGUUUACUUGGACAAUGCUGGCAUGUGGAACCUUCGAAUAGACAAUCUCGCCUCAUGGUAUCUAGGACAAGAGGUGUACUUGAAUGUAGUUAAUCCUGAGAUUGACACAUCUGAGAAUUCCAUUCCUGAAAACACCAUUUACUGUGGUCGGCUCUCACCAUUACAAAGGGAUCAGUCACAGAGGGUAAACUUCUCGGGAUCACCGAGAUCUGUGUUGGUGACAAGCAGAGGGAUCCUCCUUGCUAUUUUUGCAAUCUUAAUUAGUAGUUUAGCCAGAUGAGGAUUCUGAGGUUUUCAAGCAGGACAGUAAGAAGCUGCCAGCCACUACCAUCAUUAUUAGAAGUUGAUAAUGUUGGUGUAGUAGCUUGAAGAUUAAAGAUGCUGUUUUGUUAGUUAUGGUGUAGAGAUUAUUCAACUAUCCAUCAAGGCAUCAAAAUAUAUGUUUAUGCUUGAAUUGUAAUAGAAUAUUAUUUUUCAAGUUACAGCUGAGUAUGGUGGAUAUAAGAACUUGGUUAUUAAGACAGCAGUAAUCAUGUUUGUAAUAACCAACAAGAUUAGUGAUUUUACUGCCAAGAA